AUGUCCAACAGCAGCUCCAUCAGCGAGUUCCUCCUCCUGCCAUUCGCAGACACGCGGGAGCUGCAGCUCCUGCACUUCGCGCUCUUCCUGGGCAUCUACCUGGCUGCCCUCCUGGGCAACGGCCUCAUCCUCACAGCCGUAGCCUGCGACCGCCGCCUCCACACCCCCAUGUACUUCUUCCUCCUCAACCUCGCCCUCCUCGACUUGGGCUGCAUCUCCACCACCGUCCCCAAAGCCAUGGCCAAUUCCCUUCAUGAUACCAGGGCCAUUUCCUAUGCAGGUUGUGCUGCCCAGGUCUUUCUGAUUGUCUUCUUGUUUUCAGCAGAGUAUUCUCUUCUCACUGUCAUGUCCUAUGACCGCUACGUUGCCAUCUGCAAGCCCCUGCACUACGGGACCCUCCUGGGCAGCAGAGCUUGUGCCCAGACGGCAGCAGCUGCCUGGGGCAGUGGGGUUCUCUAUGCUCUGCUGCACACGGCCAGUACAUUUUCCCUGCCCCUCUGCCAAGGCAAUGCUGUGGACCAGUUCUUCUGUGAAAUCCCCCAGAUCCUCAAGCUCUCCUGCACUAACUCCUACCUCAGGGAAGCUGGGCUUCUCAGAUUCAGUAGUGUUCUGUUUUUGGGGUGUUUUGUUUCCAUUGUACUCUCCUAUUUGCAGAUCUUUAGGGCCGUGCUGAGGAUGCCCUCUGAGCAGGGACAGCACAAAGCCUUUUCCAUGUGCCUCCCUCACCUGGCUGUGGUCUCCCUGUUCCUCAGCACUGGCUUUUUCGCCUACCUGAAGCCCCCCUCCCUCUCCUCCCCAUCCCUGGAUCUGGUGGUGGCAGUUCUGUACUCAGUGGUGCCCCCGAUAUUCAAUCCUUUCAUCUACAGCAUGAGAAACAAGGAGCUCAAGCGUGCUAUCAGGAAAGUGAUUACAUGGAUUUUUCUUGAGAUUGAUCCAUUUUUCCUCUUUCUCCACAAAUGACUUCCUUUGUUUUCCCUUGGAGGCUUGGUACUUACUUUCAUUACCAUGAUGUUAUGUUUAUCUUCAGUGUCAUUUCCAUUUAUUACUUUCGUAGAAAAAAGUAUUUUAUCCACCCCACUUCUCCCGAGGUAUGAAAUUGCUAUUUUUUUUUUCCUCUGGACAUUUUUUGUCUACCUGUAUGCCAGUACUCUCUCUUAGCAUCUGCUUAAUAAAAUAGAAUCUCCCCAGUGCACUGCCUGAAAUCCUGUCUCUUCUUUCAAAGAUGUUGCCAAUAACAUGGCUGAGCAGUGUGGUGGUUUCACAUAGAUGGGCAGCUGAAGUCCUCCACACUGCUCUUUCACCCCCCUCAAAAGGAAAAGCUGGAGAAGAAAAAUGGAAAAGGACUCCAGGGUUGAUUUAAGGGAGAGGCAGAUGACUCAUAAAUUUCAGUCAUGGUCUUAACAGACUUUGUAGAGAGAUUCAGGUAAUUUAUUGAGCAUUACUAACAUACGAGAGCAGUGAGAAACUAAAGGCCUAAAAACACCUUCACCCCCAUCCACCCUCUUC